UAGCGUGAUUUUUAUUUUUAAUCAAAAGAAAAUUUUGCCGUAGCCCACUGCUACGGCCUACGGGGAUGCCACAGCAGAGACAACUCCGGUUACUAGACGAGUUCAAUCGCUGACCUGGCCAUCUCGAAGCUGAUCUUUGCUAUCCUUACCUUCUUGCUCCCGACUUAUUGCACACCUCGACUCUGCAUCACUGUGUCUCAGCAAAGCUGACAAGUACCUGAAGAUCAAAACAAUGAUUUCCUUUGAAAUGAACGACCGAAAGAAGAUCGGACUGGGAUUGACGGGGUUUGGCAUUCUGUUCACUUUCCUUGGGGUUAUAUUUUUCUUCGACAAGGGAUUGCUCGCGAUGGGGAAUAUCCUUUUCUUAUCGGGUGUGACUCUAACUAUUGGACUGAAGUCUACCAUGCAAUUUUUUGUGAAACGUCAAAACUACAAGGGAACUAUAUCUUUUGGUGCUGGCUUCUUCGUUGUUGUAAUAGGAUGGCCUAUUCUGGGCAUGAUUUUGGAAUCAUAUGGAUUUAUUGUUCUCUUCAGUGGCUUCUGGCCUACACUGGCUGUUUUUCUGCAAAGGAUUCCAAUUCUUGGUUGGGUGUUUCAACAACCAUAUAUCAGAUCGCUUUUUGACCGAUAUCGAGGCAAAAGGGUUCCUGUAUAACCAGAUAUCGAAAGGAAGUGUGACAACUGUGACAAACACUUUGCAAGUCCAUGUAAAUACAAUCGGAUGAAGUGCCCAGUGAUCUUGGCUGGUCUGGAGUGCCCAGUAUCACAUUUGUUUCCCCUAGCACUAACAGGAUCAUUUCAAGUCUCAAAUGAUUCUGUAUUGUGGAUGUUAUUAAAAAUAAUGAUAUUAUAGAUCAAGGUAUUCCUGAGUUUGAGUUUAUGUUGCUUUGCUCUGUUGUUUCCAGACAGACAGACACUAGUGAUGUACAAAAGAAAAAGACCACUGAUGAAUGGAUUGAUAGCUUUCUACUUUCUAGCAUGAGGAUUUACAAAAGAAGAAAAACUUCAUUUGAUUACACACAUAUAUAUAGCUUCUGUUUUUUCUGGCC